AAAAAAGUGUACUAGUUUGGGUUUAGCUAGGGUUUUAUGUAACUUGUCUCCUUUCUCGUCCAUUGUUGCAGAGCCUUAAAUCAUAUAUUUGGGGGAUUUCUAAAAUACUAACAGUUGGUAAUCUGCAGCAAACUUGGAGUGUCUAGCGAAUUGGUAGAGUAUGGGUCGUUUCAAGAAUAAGAAUAGGAAGCCAUUUGUCAAGCAAAUUGCAAAGACGGCCCCAACUGUCAACCCUGUUACUGGAGACAAGAUUCCAAAGAGCUUGGUGUUUUCAAGGGGGAAGAUUCCUGGUCCUCUAAGACAGUUGCAAAUGGACUUGCGGAAAUUGAUGCUUCCUUAUACUGCUCUCAAGCUCAAGGAAUCGAAACGAAAUAAUCUCAAAGAUUUCGUGGCUCUUGCUGAUGGUUUGAGUGUCACACAUUUCCUCAUAUUGUCAAAAACUGACUCUGCAGCAUACUUGAAGGUUGCCCGAAUGAAGCAUGGUCCCACUUUGACGUUUAAAAUACAUAAAUAUUCGUUGGCUGCUGACAUUGCUCAAUCUCAACUCCGUCCAAGAUGCCCUCCGGAUCUUUUCAAAAACCCACCGUUGAUUGUGCUAUCUGGUUUUGGGACAGGGGAACAGCAUCUAAAGGUCACUACGUUUAUAUUCCAGAACAUUUUUCCUGCCAUUGACAUAAAUACAGUCAAACUGUCUUCUUGCCAAAGGAUUGUAUUACUUAAUUACAACAAAGAAACAAAGCUUAUUGAUUUCCGGCACUACUCUAUCAGAUUACAGCCAGUGGGUGUUUCUCGCCGAAUCAGGAAAUUUGUGCAAAACCAUCAAGUGCCUGAUCUAAGAAGUCUUCAAGAUGUUAGUGACUUCGUGACUAAGGCUGGUUAUGGAUCUGAAAGUGAAGGGGAUGAUGAGGCAGCAACUGUAAAUCUGUCAUCUGAUAUUGGAAGAGUUAAUCGAGCUUCUACGAAAAGUGCUGUCAAACUUCAAGAGAUUGGACCUAGAAUGACUCUUCAACUUGUCAAGAUUGAAGAGGGCCUCUGUACUGGUGGAGUCCUUUUCAAUGAAUAUGGUAAUGUCGAUGCUCAAAAAUCAGGAAAUGAAGAAGAGGAUGAACAAGAAAGUGAUGAAGAGAUGGAUAUAGAUGAUCAGGAAAAUGAAGAUGAGGAAGAACUAGAAAUUGAAGAGGAUUAGCUCUUUAUUUUGUUCUUGUAUUGCCAAUAUAUAUUGUGAGAUGCUGGAAGAGGAAAGAAUUUCAUUUUUGAAUUUGCUUUCAUGAGCUAUUCUACUAUAGUAACUAUACCUUUUCCUCAA